UCCAUCUUAGAAUUGCACUGGACAGUGGAAAGCUCCUAGCUUCUGUGGAAUGAAUUCCUUACCUUUCGUGCUCUUGCCUGCAAACACCGGCAAACGGAACUCAGCUACUGAAAAAACGAGUUGAGAGCGGUGGCUCAGGAAGCACGUUUUCGGAAUCUGACUGCACCUACUUUUCUCACCCGGCAAUUUCACCAAUUUCCAGAAUCCGGAAAGUUCGUCACCAAAGGAAAAGGGGGAAAAACAGAGGCGCCAGAAGCGUAACAAAUGAACAGGAGGAGGAUUGGAUAAGAUGUGGCUAUGUUAAUAUCUUUCUACAAAGCAACAGGUUAAUAGGAUAUGUACAUUCGUGUUAAGCGUAGCAAGUCUACAUACUUUAUCCGAUGCAAGCCAUCUGAUAAAAUAAUUGACAUAAAGCAGAAGUUGCAGGAAAUCACUGAUCAACCUGUCAAUGAUCAGCGAUUAGUUCUACCAGGUACAGGGGAAAUAUUAGAGGACUCAGAGACACUUGCAGAUCAGAAGGUUGACAAUGAUGCUGUUGUGGCACUGACACUUAGAAAAGACAGGACUUUUUCAGCUAGAGAAGCUGUGCUAGCUGUUUUGAAGCAUCAUCUUCAUCGGGCAGCCAAUCUGAUGAAACAAAAGGCUGAUUCUCAUAGGACUGAUCGAGAGUUUGCUGUUGGUCAAUGGGUUUUCCUUAAAUUGCAGCCUUAUAGACAAAUUUCUGCUGCUGCAAGGAGUAAUCAAAAGCUAGAUCCUAGAUAUUUUGGUCCUUACAAGGUCAUUACAAGAAUAGGUGCUGUUGCCUACAAAUUGAGCUACCAGCUGAAUCAAGAAUACACCUAACUUUCCAUAUUUCUCUAUUAAAGCUUUGUCCUGACCCUAAAGUAAGGCAAAGGCAUCCCCCUCUUGAUUGGCCAGAGCUACCUCCAGCCUUAGAAUUCAAAAAUAUUCUACAAAAACGAGUUGGAAGAAAGAAGGGAUGGAUUAUUAUUGAAGUUCUGAUUAAGUGGAAGCAAUUACCUGAUGAGGAAGCAUCUUGGAUGCCUCUACAUCAGCUGCAACAAAAAUUUCCUCAAUUUGUUAUCAAUGAUCCUUGAGGGCAAGGAUCUUUUGAGGGGUGGGGUAUUGUUAUAGUUUUAUAAAAUGUUAAUGUUAGUUAGUUAGAAUUGAAUAACGGUUUAGCGGCGCUGUGAAAUUAGCCGUUGGGUAAGGUAAGUGAGUGAAGCCUAUAUAUAUGUUAAGGCAUUUGAAUUGUAGUUUAUCUCAGCAGUGAUUAAAUAGAAUUUCCUUGUUCCUCAA